AUGGCCCCGGGACUCAGUGCUUCUCCACCAGUUGUGGUUCUGCUCCUGUCCUUCCUGGGUCUGGCUGCUGCUGGGAAACUCCUUGUGGUGCCAGUGGAUGGGAGCCACUGGCUCAGCAUGCGGGAAUUGCUGGAUAUGCUCCAGCAGAAGGGACAUGAGGUGGUCGUGGUGGCACCUGAAGUGACUUUGCACAUCAAACCAUCCAAGACCUUUGUGAUGAAAAUGUACCCAGUGCCUUUCACGAAGGAAGAGUUGGAUGAAGUUUUCCAAGGAUUAAUAAAGGAUGUAUUUGAAGAAGGAUCUUUUCUGGAAAGAUUUAUUAGACUUUAUCAACGGGCAAAAAAAAACUCUGCUCUGUUCCUGGCUACCUGUACCCACUUAAUCAACAACAAGGAGCUCAUCAGGUACCUUGAGGAGAGCAAGUUUGAUGCCAUCCUCACAGACCCUUUCCUACCUUGUGGGGCAAUCCUGGCAGAGUAUCUUUCCCUGCCUUCCGUGUAUUUCCUGCAGCAAAUGCCAUGUCGUUUGGAGUAUCAGGCCACACAGUGCCCCAACCCCCCUUCCUAUGUCCCCAGAGCAUUUACAGACCUUACAGACCACAUGACCUUUCUCCAGCGGGUGAAGAACCUGCUCUAUGACAUCCCAAAUUUUUUCCUCUGCGAUGUUGUCUUCCAACCUUAUGCAGAACUGGCUUCGGAAUUCCUCAAGCGGGAGUUCCUGCAGAGGGAUGUAACGAUGCAGGAGCUGUUCAGCCAAGCAUCAGUUUGGCUGAUGAGAUACGACUUUGUGUUUGAGUAUCCACGCCCCAUCAUGCCCAACAUGGUCUAUAUUGGAGGCAUCAACUGUCACCAAAAACAGCCACUCUCAAAGGAAUUUGAAGCUAUGGUGAAUGCCUCUGGAGAACACGGCAUUGUUGUCUUCUCGCUGGGCUCCAUGGUGUCUGAGAUUCCCAUGAAGAAAGCCAUGGAAAUCGCAGAGGCCUUGGGAACAGUCCCUCAGACGGUCUUGUGGCGCUACACAGGCAAGACACCCUCCAACCUCCCCAAGAACGUGAAGCUCGUCAAGUGGCUGCCUCAGAACGACCUCCUGGCCCACCCCAAGACUCGUGCCUUUAUCACCCACGGAGGCUCCCAUGGUGUCUAUGAGGGAAUAUGCAAUGCAGUGCCCAUGGUGCUGAUGCCUCUCUUUGGGGACCAGAUGGACAAUGCCAAGCGAGUGGAGUCCCGGGGAGCAGGCCUGACCCUGAACAUCCUGGAGAUGACUACCAACGACAUUUCCAACGCCCUGAAAGCAGUGAUCAACGACAAAAAGUACAAGGAGAACAUCCAGCGCCUCUCUGACCUGCACCUGGACAGACCCAUCCACCCUCUGGACCUGGCUGUGCACUGGGUGGAGUUUGUGAUGAGGCACAAGGGAGCCCCUCACCUGCGCCCUGCUGCCCACGACCUCAACUGGGUACAGUACCACUCGCUGGACGUCAUCGCCUUCCUGGCGGCCGUCGUGCUGCUCUCCCUCUUCAUCUCCUUCAAGUGCUGCCUCUGCUGCUGCCGCAGGUGCUUCUGCAAGAAGGGCAGGACGGGGAAGCCCACCAAAGCCAAGUCCCACUAAUGGCUGGAAACGGUCGUAGGGGACAAAGCUGCUGCUCCAGGGGUCAGGCAACAGCUCCAAUUUCACUAUAAUAAAUAAAACACUAGUCAAGGAAUGAUAGGGAUCCUUCGGAAUAGCACCCCAAGAAGGGUUGCUACACUGAUCUGAUUUUUGCCUUUUAAUUAAGAAUGGGCCUAAUUAAUUAACAAUGUUAAAAAUGUAGGAGUGCUGCAGUCACUUGGGAAGGUCUGAGUAUGAAAUCCAAGGCCCCUGGCUUCCACCUGUCGGUGUGCAGAGGACUCUCAGUGACUUUUUCUUUUAACCUUUUCCUGCAGCAGAGAUACAUAGGGAUUUUGGAGGAUUUAAGAAGAAUGAUCUGGUCAGAUUUCUGUUUGAAAUCUCUGUGUGGCUGCUGUUGUAGGAGAGGCAAAUGUUGUACACUCACAAUUCCCAUCACACAAACCAAGCUUGAUGCACAUCUUCGUGUGUGUUUACAAGACCCUCGACAAAACCAACAUUUCUGGCAGGGAAGCUGCUGGAAAAGCACUGCUGUUUCCCCCAGAUUCCCCAUCAGGAAGAUGUGCUGUACCUGGAGCUCACCUCCUGCUGAGGGGAUCUUCGUAAGCAUUGCUUAUAACCCCCCACAACUGAUUUGCUCUUUUUAAAUGAUGCUCAG